GCGGUGAAAAGGAGAGCGGCGCCAUGAGUAUGCCUGUGUUCACGGGCAACAAGAAGGUGGACAAAGAGGAGGAGGAUCGGAAGCUGGCGGCGCUGCUCAAGGACGACUUCGUGGCGGACGCCGAUGAUGCCGGCGACGAGAUGGCGCCUGUCCGGCUGCCGCUGCUCUCCUCAGCGUCGGCUGCCUCCUCAUACGUCACUGAUGACGUCAAAAUCAAGUACGAGCCGGAUGACGAGGAGGACAACGUGCACGCCUUCAUGAGCCGCCAGCUGCGGAUCGCCGAUCAGAAGUCAGACUCGGAGGUGAAGGUGGCAGCGGCGGCGCGCAGCCAGCGGCCAGCCGACGCGUCCGUCUCCGCCAUGCUGCAGGAGUCGCGCCGGGACCUGAUCUUCUUCCAGUUCCCAGAUUGCCUACCAGUGCUGACGUCUAACGACGGCGAUGAGAAACAGAAGUCUAAGAAGGCCCCGCCCGCGACCUCCGGUGGCACAGAUGGCAGCCAAUCAGAGGCCAAGGCGGCCGACCCUGAGCUGGUGACGUUCCGUGACCUGCCUGAGGGUCAGGUGGGCCGGCUUCAGCUGCUGAAGUCGGGCCGGGCCCGCCUGCUGCUGGGCCAGCACGUGCUGCACCUGGAGCCCGGUACCCAGGUCAAGUUCCUUCAGGAGGCGGCCAGCGUGUCGGUGGGCGCCGACGGCUCGCGCGGUCAGCUGGCGCUGCUGGGCGGCCUCAGCCACCGCGUGGUCUGCUCGCCCGCCUGGGAGACGCUCGUCAGCCGCUCCGGCAGCUGAUGGCGAACAGACGUGCUGGCGGGCCGGCCCCGGCGCCGCGCGCUCGGUCGGACUGA